AUGGCUAAAUUAGUAUUUGAUCCUGUGUUAAAAAAAUAUUUGGUAGCAAGAAACCAUGCACGUACUUCAAGAAAAUGCUUGCUACUUGGAGUUAACAGUUAUUAUGAAAAUUUGGUCGACAUCUCGAACAAAUUAAAUAGAGGUUUACCUAAGCUUCGGCUGGCACGAAUAGGAUACUCCUCAGGAAAAGCAAUACUGAAUAAAAAUUUCAAGCAUGAUAUUCAGCGGGAUUCGAGUCAAAAUGAUAUUUUUAAGCACGAUGAUGAUAUUUCUGAUGAUUCAUUUAAUGUGGAAGAAACUAUCAAAAUUAAAAAUUCUGUUCACGAGUCCUCUGAAAUCUCGUCAGUUAAGAAAAAAAUAAACAAUAAAGAAACUUACAAUUUUCAGAAAACUUUCGAUGACGUUUUUUAUGAAGAACUUCAUAAGGAAUUACGUAAUCAAUCUGACAUAAUGAGGAUGGAGUCGGUCGUAAGUAAUACUACUACAAAAAAUUGUUGUCUAAUACAUGAUGAAGAGUCAAUGAUAUCUCAACAAUUUGAUGCGCCGAAACUUAGAGAGCAAGAUCAGAGGAAUCUAUGUGCAAAUAUAAAAGAUGAGGUACUAUUACAUUCGAACAAGAAGGCAAAUAACAACAGUGUAAUUGAUAAUCAACUUGAUCAAGCAUUUAAAAUCAAACAAAAUUCGAAAGAUAAAGUUAUUAUUCAACCCGAACUGCAAGACAAUGACACAGAUAUGAUUAAUAAAUCUUAUAAAAAACGAUCAAAUGAAGAUAUCCAUCGUGGAUAUGGUAACGAUGAAGCAUCUAUUCACAAGAAAGCUACAAUACGAGAAAUUGCAGAAGUAAAUAAGGUUCAAUUAUGUCAGGAUAUGGAAGGUGGGUCGAGUGGAUUGUUAAGUCGGCAGCUUGAAAACGGAAAUAAUAGAGUAGUUCCAAUAGACUAUGAUCGUGAAAGGCAAUUUGAGUUUGAAGAUGCAUUAUUGCCAGAUAAUUUAAAUGAUAUUCAAACUCUUUAUGAUUCUGAGAAAGACAUACUUCAAUACUCUUCGAAUUAUGAGGUUCACUUUGUAUUACAUUUUAAAAAUAUAAUAUAA